CACACGGUCACCACCACCACCAGCUCCUUCGCCGAGAACUUCUCCACCAGCAGCAGCAGCUUCGCCUACGACCGCGAGUUCCUCCGCACCCUGCCGGGGCUCCUCAUCGUGGCGGAGAUCGUGCUGGGGCUGCUGGUGUGGACACUUAUUGCCGGAACGGAGUACUUCCGCGUCCCCGCGUUUGGCUGGGUCAUGUUUGUAGCUGUCUUUUACUGGGUCCUCACCGUCUUCUUCCUCAUCAUCUACAUAACCAUGACCUACACCAGGAUCCCCCAAGUGCCCUGGACGACAGUGGGCCUGUGCUUCAACGGGAGUGCCUUCGUCUUGUACCUCUCCGCCGCAGUGGUGGAUGCUUCCUCCGUCUCCCCCGAGCGGGACAGCCACAACUUCAACAGCUGGGCCGCCUCCUCGUUCUUUGCCUUCCUGGUCACCAUCUGCUACGCUGGAAACACAUAUUUCAGUUUUAUAGCUUGGAGAUCCAGGACCAUACAGUGAUUUGCCAUUUUGAUAAUAAAAAGGGAAAAAAAAUAAAGGAGGCUGCUCCCUGUAAAAGCGGCCGGCGUCGGCGUCGGCAUGCUGUAUGUUUCCGGAGACUUGGAUGUAACUGGUGUUUUAUCGGCGUGGUUAAAUAUGCUCCCAGUGGAUUGUUACAGUUAGACGGGACACUUAUUUGCAGAGCUCUGUAUCCAAAUGAUGGACCCUUCUGAGUAUAUUGUUGAUGUCUUGAUAGACCUUAUUUUCUUAGACAAUGUAUAAUAAAUAAGUAAAUGGCUAUUGUUAAGACUGUGUCAAGUUUGUAAACCUAAUUAUUACAAUGCCAGACCUUUUGUUUCGUUUUCAUUAAAUAUUUCAAAAAAUG